CCUGUAUUCUCGCUUCCGCUGUCACAUCCUCUCACUCUCCUCUUGUUGGUGUUGCUCUCUUCUCUAUCUCUCACAUUCGCAGGUCAGCCACUGAAACAUCGGCGGGGAUCUUCAUUUGUUUCGCAUUUCACGGUACCAAGUCGGCGCCAUCAACAUCACCAUCACCAUCGCCAUCCCUUUGCCCAGCGUCUUCUUCUUCUUAACUUCACUUCUUUAUUGCAUCACAUCACCUCGUCAACUUCACCUCCUUCGUAUCAAGACUUUUCUCAUCUGCACCACCAACACAGCAAGGCACGCACACGCAAUUCCGACAAGGUGAUCGUUGCCAGGAUCCCAAUUUAUUUUAAUAGGUGUGGGUACGUCAUAACAAGGACCAGGACAGGGGUGGCCGGAUCAUCUCCUUGUUUUCUCGUGAUUUCUUCCACUCGCAGUCUCUCUCGCCAGCCCACCAAUUAAUUUUAGGGGUCGCCCAUGUUGGCCAUACAAAAAGAAUUGGUCUGUGCAUCGACCUCGUGAACUGGAGAUUGCUACUUGAUCUCGAACCUCGCUCUUCUUCAAGCGCCUACGCCCUGUGGUCUCGAACCUUGACCUGAUCCAGAUCUCCCUUGAUCCAAGUUCACUUUGUGCCGAAACUGAGCUCCUCGACCUUCAAAGGUCAUACACGGGGAUUUCUCUUUUCUCUGAGGAUCAACAACACCGAAACCGUCGCAUCUCCUGGGCAGCUCUCAAGAUCGAAAUCAUGGCCGACGAACCCACCCCAAAUGUUCCCAAUACCACCAUCUCCGCCCUCGUCGCGACGUUGACUCCGACAGCCAUCAUCGCCGGUGUUUACGUCGCCAUUUUCCUGGUCUUGCGAAUGACCCAGCAGAGAUGGUAUUCCCCAAGAACUUAUCUUGGUGCUUUGCGCGAGCAGUAAGUAACCUCAAUUCGACCAUACCUUGGAUCCAUGAUACUAAUUCAUUGCAGGGAGCGAACGACACCACUUCCGACCGGUUUGUUUAAUUGGAUUGGUCCUUUUUCGAAGAUACCCGAUACCUACGCGCUACAACAUCAAUCCAUUGACGCAUAUCUCUUCCUUCGUUUCCUUCGUAUGACCGUCGUGGUCAUGUUCUGCGGAUGCUGUAUCACCUGGCCCAUUCUCUUCCCAAUCAACAUUACCGGUGGUGGAGGCGGAGGACAAUUGGAUUUGCUAUCUUUCGCCAACAUCAACAAGGACUUGCCAGGGGGAAAAUACCGCUACUUUGGUAGUGCUGGUUGUGCCAUGAUCUUCUUUGGUUUUGUGCUAUUCCUGGUCACCAGAGAGAGUAUUUUCUACAUCAACUUGCGCCAGGCUUUCCUCUUGUCGCCUAUUUAUUCCAAGCGUAUCUCGGCGAGGACCGUCUUGUUUACUUCCGUCCCAGAAGAGUACUUGGAUGAGGCCAGACUUCGACGCGUCUUUGGUAGUGCUGUCCGCAAAAUUUGGAUCACCCGCGAUACCGAAAAGGUUGAUGAGUUAGUAGAGGAACGCGAUAAUGUGGCUUACAAGUUGGAAGCCGCUGAAGUAAAACUUAUCCAGUUGGCAAACGGAGAGAGACUCAAGGCAGCAAAGAACGGCGGUGGUAAUGCUGAGGAGGAAUUGAUCGAGAAUGGUCAGGGUAUGGAAUCUGGAUCGGUAGCCAGUCGUUGGAUUCCAGCAAAAAAUCGUCCAUCUCACAAGCUUGGUAAAUUUGGUUUGAUUGGAAAGAAGGUUGAUACUAUUGAUUGGGCUCGUGAAGAGUUGGCCAGAUUGAUUCCAGAGACCGAAGCUGCUCAAGCCGCAUACCUCGAUGGAGAGACUAAACUCUCAGGAAGUGUUUUCAUUGAAUUUGCAUAUCAAUCCGAUGCACAAGCUGCUUUCCAAACAUUGUCACAUCACCAGGCCCUUCACAGUAUGUUGACCUUUUUCAAUUCCCCAUACUCUCACUAACCACCUGAUAGUGUCUCCACGUUAUAUUGGUGUCAAUCCCAAGGAACUUGUCUGGCAGUCAUUGAAGAUUAGCUGGUGGCAACGAGUACUUCGCCGAAUCGCAGUCCUCGCUUUUGUAACCGCUCUUAUUGUCUUCUGGGCCAUUCCUGUGGCAUUCGUUGGUCUUAUUUCCAACAUCAACUACUUGAAGGACACCUACAGUUGGCUCUCUUGGUUGAACGCCAUUCCAACUGUAAUCAUGGGUGUGGUGACUGGUCUUCUUCCUGCAGUAGCAUUGUCUAUUCUCAUGUCGUUGGUCCCUGUUAUCAUGAGAAGUAAGUCUUACCCUCCCAACCCAUAUGACCAAAACUAACGAUUGCCCAGUUGUCGCUAAACUUGCUGGCGAACCAUCCAUGGCACGUGUCGAGCUCUUCACUCAAAACGCAUACUUUUGCUUUCAAGUCAUUCAGAUCUUCUUGGUCAUGACAUUGUCUUCCUCUGCUCCAACUCUCAUUCAAUCUAUCACGGAGAACCCAACCGGAAUUCCAACUCUUCUCGCCAAGAACUUGCCAAAAGCAUCCAACUUCUAUAUCAAUUACUUUUUAGUUCAAGGUUUAACCGUUUCUUCGGGUUAUCUUUCCCAGGUCGUCGGUUUCUUCAUCUUCCAGAUUAUGUACAAAUUCUUGGCCAACACACCUAGAAAAAUGUACCAAAAGUGGUCAGCUUUGAGCGCUAUCUCUUGGGGUAGCACUCUUCCAGUCUUCACUAACAUUGCAGUCAUUGGAUUGACAUAUUCUUGCAUCGCCCCACUUGUUCUUGGGUUCGCUACAGUCGGCAUGUCCUUCUUUUACAUCGCUUUCCGAUACAACAUUCUCUUUGUCAGUGAUAGUCAAAUCGAUACCAAGGGUCUUAUAUACCCUCGUGCACUUCAACAACUAUUGACUGGUGUCUACCUUGCCGAAAUUUGUCUUAUCGGACUUUACGGUAUCGCUGCUACACCUGGGCCUUUGGUUCUCAUGGUCAUCAUGCUUGUUUUCACUAUCCUCUACCACGUUUCACUCAAUUCUGCUCUUGAUCCUCUAUUAUACAACCUUCCCAAGACUUUGGAAGCCGAGGAGGAAUCUCUUCGUGAGGGUCUCGAAGCAGGACUCCACCCACAUGGUGCUGAUCUCAAGGAAGAGAAGGAUGGGGAGGUUUCUCCUGGUAGUGCAGCAACACCCAAGAAACCCAACUUCAUCGCCAAGUUCUUCGCACCCCACAUCUACACCGACUACCACACUCUUCGCCGUCUCGUUCCUCAUGACCUUGUCGAUCCUGAUCACCUUUACGAGGAGUCCAUUGCUUCCAGCGCUUACCACCCACCAUCUGUCAUCAGCGAGGCACCAUUACUUUGGAUACCAAGAGAUGUUGCUGGUGUUAGUAGACAAGAGGUACUUCACACCAGUCGGGUCAUUCCUAUUAUUGAUGAUGGGUGUGCACUUGAUGAGAAUAAUAAGUUGGUUUGGGACCAGGCUAAUGCUAGACCUCCUCUAUGGGUAAGUUAUUAAAUUCCUUUCAACUGAAAAAUCGUACUAAUUCAUUUUCUUUUAGGCCGAGAAGGUUUACUACUAAGCAUUUCUUGACGAGAAUGAAGAUGUUUGGCAUGUCCACAACACCACCGCCAUUCGUUUGUCGACUUUAAUCCAACCUUCUUUUUCUCCGGAAGUCCCUUCAGAUCUUUGGUGUUCUGCGAGGGUAUUGAUUGUAAUGGAGGAAGUUCAUGGAAAAAGAAGUCGAAAAAAGAGAAGCGAAGAGAAGAGAAGAGAAUACCUGCAUCUUGGUGGGUCCAGCGAUCAUUUUUGAUAUCCAGAAUUUGCUGUUUAUCAUUUCUUUUUUUCUUUGUUUGUUAGUUGGUUUUUCUUUAUUCUGUACGUAUUGUACUGUAGAUACCCAGAGCG